AUGCCCAGCAUCUGGGGUACUGGAGGUCGCAGUGGGCAGGGGCCUCGGGAAGCCACCUACAGGCAGCCACGCCUGCAAGAGGGGACCGCCCGGGGCGAGGGGGGCAGGGAAGUCUGGGUGUGGCUGCUCAUCACACCCCCGCGGAGGAGGAGGACCUCUGUCUCACCCACUGUAAACCGCGGGGUCGACCAGACGGCCCCUCGGGACCAAGUCCAGUGGAAAUGUAACCUUUGGAACUGGUUCCUGGUGGACCUCCAAGCAGCCCAGCCCAUCAGCCCGUCCACCACACCACCCCCCCCCACCCGCCGGGCAGAAAACACAUCCCUAGGAGACGUGGUCCAGCAGCUGCCAGAGCUGUCACCUCACCACAAGGGCUACACCACAGGGGACCGGAGAGAGGGGGCCAACCCCUCCAUGAUGGAAACGCCCCUCCCUCCACUGACCCGACUGGGAAUGGCCAUCACCACGGGACUUCGGAUAGAGCCAAGGGGCACUGGAGUCUGGCUGGGCCUUGUUCCUGGCAUGGGACCCCAGCACAGACCAGAGCCCCGCCUGAACACAGACAGGAGGAACCCAGAGGAUGAGGCUGCCACCCCCACCCUGGGCAGGAAGGAGCCUGGAUGCUCGCAGAAGGGCAAAAGGGGCCUGGCAGGCAUGGCCGACCCCCUAAUGAAGCCAUCGUGCCACCAUAAUGAAGACCUCAUGGCACUCUGCUCCCCGAGUGCAGCCUUUGGGGGGCCGCAGCCCCUGGGGGGCUGCAGAGGGAAACCAGAUGCACGGCGGGGAGAGAAAGCAGGGGACACCCCUCGUGUGCAGGAGGCUAUUGCCAGACUGUUUCCCGGUGACAGUGACAGAGCCCAGCCUGAUUUCCCAGGAGACGAGCAGGUGCUGGUGGCAGACGCAGGGCUGGCCUUGCAUCCCGAAACCACCCCCAGCCGCUGUGCGCAAAGCUCACCUGCAUUUGGCCCCAGGCCCACCCCAGGUCCAAGCCCCAGAGUGAUGGUUCUCCUGCCCGCCGAGAGCAGCCCGGACCCUAGCGCCACGCACAGGGGCUGGGGCCUCCCCACCCGAGGGGAGACAGAAGCCCCCCAGCGCGGCGGCACCGGGUCUGGCCCUCAGGCCGGGCUCAGCAGGUGCCCGCGACAUGACACCUUCAACAUCUUUGUGGUCAGGUGGGCGGGAAGUGCCAGGGGGAAGCCCCUCUUCCCCGUGCGGAGUGAGGACCACAGGACAGACGCCUCGGUGCCGCCACCCACACCGGGUUCUGCAGGCCUCUGCUGCCCCCUGGAGGCGUUCGCUGAAUACAACCUUGCCUACGUGCGCCUGUGGACACUGGAAGUGCCCACGAAUCUGGACCUGCUGCCACCGCAGGACCAGCCCCCUGCCACCGGUCUUUCCCACCAGGCCGCAGGCCCUGUGUGCCGGGGCCACCCCACCGCGGCCUCCCUCACUGCCGCGCUCCCCGGGAGCCUUCCUACCCCCUUCAGCCACGCUCGGGCCGGUGGUGAGAGGGCGUUGCGCCCAGAGCCCUGGGCCCGCUACCGGCCGGAAAUGCUCAUCCAGCGGGUGCCCAAGAAACCUUUCUCUCCCGGACGGACGAGCAACAGCAGCACCUUCGGGGCACCGGGCAUGCCGGGCCCUGGUGGCGGAAAAUCAGACCUGUGUGCCCCGAGGUGCUAUAGGACACGGCAGGAGUCCUCCAGCAGCCGCGGCGGGCCACGCUCUCCAAGCAGAUCCGCUCCCGGUCGGAGAUGGACCCCCGAGGGCUGGGGCCCGCGUGAAAAUGGGGCGGAGGGCUCGCCCCUGCAGAAUGCCCCCGCCCCGGAGAGUGGGACGGAGGGCUCGUCCCCGCGGGCCACCCCCACCCCUGCAGAUCCAUCCCAGGGAGAGACCCGGCGGCGUGGGAUGGAGGGCUCGUCCCCGCGGGCCGCCCCCACCCCUGCAGACCGCCCCAGGAGGGCCGGGGGCCCCGGGAGAGUGGGGCGGAGGGCUCGCCCCCUGCAGAAUGCCCCCGCCCCGGAGAGUGGGACGGAGGGCUCGUCCCCGCGGGCCGCCCCCACCCCUGCAGACCGCCCCAGGAGGGCCGGGGGCCCCGGGAGAGUGGGGCGGAGGGCUCGCCCCCCCACGGACCGCCCCCGCCCCGGGGCCCUCAGCCCUGGCCCCGCCGUGGGGCCUCCGCGCCGUCCCGCCCGCCUGGGUCAGCAGGACGCCCCGCGCCCGGGCUCCGGGCUGGGACUCCUGCCGGCCACACCCAGGGCCCUGUGUCCGCGGCGGCGGCCCUCACGGCCCGCUCUGCGUGGGGCGACCUCUGCACGGCGCCGGCUCCGCUCCGACAGCCCCCGGGCCGCCAUGCGGGAAGGGAACCCACAGCCAGGCGUUCCCCCGACUACCGAGGCCACCCCGGGGGAGCGGCCAGAGGCCGGGAGGCCGAGGCCCGCGGGUCGUGGGCUGCCGCCCCUCGUCCCGAACACGCAGCCCCUCUCCCGAGCGCGGAACCCCACUCCUCAGGGCGCCGGAGGCCCCGCCGGGACCGGAAGCCCGCAGGCGCACUUCCGUAGGCGGGGCCGCAGCGCGGGUGGGCGGGGCCCCCCGUGCGGGGGCGAGCCCGCGUCGCCCAAGGGCGUCACUUCCGGGCGCGGCGCGGUAAGCGCGGGCGGCGCGGCUGGCGGGGUGGGUAGACGGGCGCGCGUCCCCGCGGGGCCCCGGCCUCCCGGCCUCUCGUCACUCUCUGCCCUUCCCCCGCGCGGGGGGGGUGCUGCCCCGUCCUGUGGGGGCGGUCGUUUCCCCAAACGGAAGGGGAAGCUCAGCGGGAGGCGGGAGCGCGGCCACCUGCUGGAGCCCGGGCUUGCGCACCUGCGGCGCUCGCUCCCGCCGGCCUCGGGCCGCGGAAGGGCGGGAGCCUCCGGGGAUAGAGAGCAGCGUGUGCCCUGA